GCAUAUGCGGAUUGCUCGUCCAGACGAUCCAAUAUGGGUGGCCGCAUUGGAUUGCAAGGAACGGUCAGUACCACGGGGUCACCGGACUUCGUCACGAGGGGUACGGUCUGUGCGACACUCUCCGUACUGAUUGCUCUCGUCUUCUUGACCACCGACAUGUCGUCACCGAACCCCUUGAAGCAGCAGGUCGAGGACGUGCAUGAAUGGUUCCGAGCGGGAGCUACAACGUCUGGAGUGAACAUCAUGCAAACCUCGACCGAGAGUUCGCCGUCUCUGGCUGACCACUACACCGACGGCUGCCCCGAGCAUCGUCCCCAAAGCCGACUCAUCUCGAUGGACCCGCUGAUGAUCUACGUUGAACAACUACUCACGCGGGACGAGGCUGCCCACGUACUGCGCAUGGCAGAACCCCACUACAAGCCAUCAGCAGUCGUACAGCCUGACGGCAAAAAGUACGACAGCGACUUCCGGAAAUCCGUCUCGGCGAGAAUCCCCUACGACCCGGUUGUGGCAUGUAUCCGCAAACGCGUUGCCGACUUUCAAGCUUUCACGCCCGUGGAGAAUGUGGAAGAAAUCUUCGUCGUCAAGUACGGCAUGGAGGACCACAUCCAACACCAUUUGGAUUGGCAUGAAGCAUUGAUCAACCCUCGAGUGACGACAUUCUUCGUGUACGUGGCAUGCGAUGAUGGUAUGGGAGGACAGUGUCAGGGAGGCGAGACCAACUUUCCCAACUGGCCCGGAGAGACGGCUUCGGAAUGGUGUGAGCGCGGAUUGGUGAACUGCGAAGCGCGAUUCCCAGGGAUCAGUUUCCGUCCGAUCGUGGGCAACGCAGUCUUUUGGAACAAUUAUCACUCCAAUGGUACCGGCAUUGAGACGACCUUGCACGCUGGUCUGCCGGUGACGAAGGGCACCAAGGCGGGUUUGAAUGUCUGGACCAGAAAACACAAAGCCUCGAACACGGAUGUGCUCAAAGUACAUGACAGAAGUCAACUAUCGGACAAGGACAGAGCUUCGUGUGACGCGGAGUCGCAGACUGGCCCCUGUUAUGUCAGAGUCUGAGAGUGCAGCAGAAGGGAAGCUCCACACAAAACUUAAAUUGCGUGCGUUCCUCCACGGAAAGAAUUGGAAACGAAAGAUGGGAUGGUAAAUCGCGGCAUCAGACUGUAAUUCUGCUAUGGGUAGUGACAAUGCAACAGCUGCCGUUACUAUAGAUUGCGAGCAUGCAUUAGUUUACAGACGUUUUCUCAACCACUCACCACACCGAGAUCAAAUCUUCGAGCC